AUGGCUUCGUUGCUGGCUCGCAGGUCGUUCAGUGCUCUCCGUGCCCGACAUCUUGUUUUUUCAAGGGAAGCUUCACAGGGAUCUCAUCUCUGUGGCCUACAGUCCCGUGGUAUAUCCUAUGGGACCAAAAAAGAUGAUGAAGAAGCUGAGCAACUUGCUAAGGAGAUCUCCAAGGACUGGAGUACUGUCUUUGAACGGAGCAUGAACACGCUAUUUCUCACUGAAAUGGUCAGGGGGUUGUCGCUGACCCUCAAGUACUUCUUUGAUCCUAAAGUUACAAUCAAUUAUCCUUUUGAGAAGGGUCCAUUGAGCCCUCGCUUCCGUGGUGAACACGCUCUUCGGAGGUACCCAACUGGGGAAGAACGCUGCAUUGCCUGCAAACUCUGUGAAGCUGUAUGUCCAGCUCAAGCAAUUACAAUAGAGGCAGAGGAGCGGGAAGAUGGAAGCCGAAGAACCACUAGGUAUGAUAUCGACAUGACGAAGUGCAUCUACUGUGGUUUUUGCCAAGAAGCUUGCCCUGUUGAUGCAAUCGUCGAAGGACCCAACUUUGAGUUCGCUACGGAGACUCAUGAGGAACUUCUAUAUGACAAAGAGAAGCUUCUUGAGAAUGGAGAUCGGUGGGAGACAGAGAUUGCAGAGAAUCUGAGGUCGGAGAGCCUCUACCGCUGA